UUGUAAAUGAUCGCGCCAAAUUGAAUUAAACAAGGAAAAUAAUGAUAAAAAAAAGAUUAUUAUAAAUAAAUCGUUUUAAAUUGUGCACUAAUUAUAACUAAUUUUGAGCAUUCAAUAUAUACUUAGUCAAAAUUUUUAAAUUUGGAUAUACACACGUACAUAUAAUACAAAAGAAAAGAUCUAAAAAAAAUUCAAUGCGGCCGUGAAUUUUUAUUGGAAAAAUUAUGACUACACCAACCCAUCAUUUGACACGACAAGCUUUGAGUGAAAUCCCUGAACGCUUAGGAAGAAUACGUGUAGCUACAACACCUACAACUAGGAUACCGGACGAACCAACACCGGCAAAUGUUCUAAAUACAACAAUAUUUGAUAAUACUUUAACAAAUAUAUCAAGGGGCUACUAUAUUUCACCAAUUCCAUCACCUGAUGAACUUGUUAUACGACAACGAGGAAGGCGUAGAAUUUCUUUAGUAUGGUCACCAGAAAAGAAUGUUUUGCCUACAGGGGUUGUGUCGAGUCGAAGUCCAUUCCCAAAAACACCAACGAAAAUAGGAUGUUCAUCUAUGACAUUAAGAAGCUCACCACGUAAAAGAUUAAUGAAUGAUUUUAUAGCAAAUGAAAGCUGUGAACGCAAAAAUUUUUCUCCAAAGAAGAAUAUAAAUGAAGAGAGUUCAAAUCGUAUCAUGUGGUGCGGCACACCAGUGGUUAAAAGACAAAAAUUGGAUGAGAGACCGUUAGCACAAGCAAACUUUGAAAUUCCCUUACACUUACAGUUAAAAGGACUAACUCAAGACCAAUUAAUAGAAAUUAUUAAAGGGCUAGUCAAAGAUGAUCCAAAUAUUGGGACGAAAAUCAGGGAUAAUUUUCCAAUGCCCGAUCUCUCUUCAGUUGAGGAUGAAUUAUUAAAUAUUAAACGUAAUAUAUUUAAAAGCUUGCCAACUUCACGAUUAUGUAAGAAAACCGACGGUACAGCGUAUUCUCGGGCUGUGAUCCAUUUAACAGCUUUCAAGAAAGCCCUGGUAUCGCAAAGCCGGUGUUUAAAUGAUUCAGGGCAUUGGGAUGCUUUACUCAAUUACGUAUCAAUGGCUUGGAAUUAUGUUAGAGCUACACCAAUAUGGGAUAACAAUUCACAUAACAUAAUAAGGCGACAAUGUUUCAAAAUUUUGACUUCACAGUGUGCCGCUGCUCUGAAAAAUGGGGGUACUCGUCUUGGUGAGCAACGACUUGUCGACUUAGAACGAGAUAUUAAAGAAUGGUCCAAGGACUAUGAAGAUAUUUUGUCUUGUGUUGGCCAAUUAAGUCAAAUCUUGUUAAAACUUCGCAGUACUUGAUGACUUUUAUUUAAUUCAUACAAAUUAUCUCUAGUUAAAGUAAUUUUUUAGUAAUUAUUUUUAGUUGCAUGACCUUUUCUUUAAAGGAACAAUUUUAACAAUUUAACUUGACGUUUAUAUGAGCUAAGAAUUUAAUAUGUAUUUAUAUACUAAGGACUAGUUAAAAUAUGAGAGAUUUGCUUUUUUACAUAAUUAUCAUGUAAAAAUUGAAAAUUAUAAAUUAUAGUAUAAAAUAACUUAAUACAAUGCAGAAACUAUUGCAUGCUAGACAAAUUUGUACGUGUUUUCAUAAUCUAUUAAUGAAAAUUGCUGCCACCAAAUAUCCAUAUGAAAUUAAAGAAACAAUAAGAGACAAAAUAUAUCAAUGGACAAAUGGUGCAGAAUGUAAAAGAUUUACUGAUCAAUUCCAUGUUAAAUGAACAUAGUUCCAUAGUUUGUUAAAAUGAACAGUAGAGGAUAUUUUAUCUACCGUUUUCCCUAAAAAAUUUUUAUAAUUUUGGAACUCGGAUGUUUUUAACAAUAAGUCAAAAUUUAGAAUGAGGCUAUGCACUAGCAUAGAUUCCUUAGAAAAGAAUAUAGGGACGAAAUUUGAGACUAUUAUAUAUAGCUACUGUUGUGUAAGGA